UAUGCAAGCCUUACUGCUUGCUGCAGUCCUUCUGCCACUGGCUUCGGCCUUUGUGCUACCAGAAGCCCCAAAAAAUCCAGAGAACCUCGACGUCUAUACCAUCCCAUACAACGACGCCACUGCUCGCAAGAAGAUUCUCUUCGCAGCCGGCGCCGCCUACGGAUCGAAUCCACAACAGUGCCUCGACAAAGCGUUCACCGGUGCCUCAAUCAGGAGAAUCAUUACGGCUCGCUGUGACGUCAACCCAGCCGACAAAUGCGUCGGAUACACCGCCGUCAGUCCACAGGACAAGGCGAUUAUUGUGGUGUUCCGUGGAACUAACAACAAUGUGCAGCUUAUUUUGGAAGGAUUGGAGACUGUCUUCGAGUAUCACACUCCAUGGGCUGCUGGAGGUGUCGUCUCCCAGUACUUCAACGACGGAUUUUUGAACAUCUGGAACGCCGGACUCAAGGACGAUUUUAACACUCUUGCCGCCCAAAACCCAGGAUUCCAAGUUUGGGUCACCGGACACUCCCUCGGAGGAGCGAUGGCCUCCCUUGCCGCCUCCUACAUCACCUACAACAAGCUCUUCGACGCCUCGAAGCUUCAACUCGUCACCUACGGACAGCCACGUGUCGGAGACAAGGCCUACGCGGCCGCCGUCGAUCGUGACGUCACGAACAAGUUCCGCGUCACCCACGCCCACGACCCGGUGCCACAUCUUCCAAAGGAGAACAUGCAAGGAUUCACCCACCACAAGGCCGAGGUGUUCUACAAGGAGAAAAUGACGAAGUACAACAUUUGCGAUGAUAUCGAUGAGAGCGAAUUCUGCUCCAACGGACAAGUUCUUCCAGACACUUCUAUCAAGGAUCAUCUUCACUACUUCGACGUUGAUGUCAGCGACUUGGGCUACUCAAAUUGUGCUAAUGUCAAGAACUAACUUUUCAAUGUUUUAAACAAUAAAAUAGUUCACAACUGA